GGGAGACGAACGGUAAAUUUGCUGGAGAUCGGGAGAUGCAGCAAUACUGUUUAUAGUGUAUGUAUGUGGGUUCGAAGAGAGAUAGAUAGUAAUAAAAGGAAGGAAAUAAAUAGUUGUUAGAGAUAAAAAAAAUAGAGAAUACUGUAAUAGUAUUAAAGAAUACUGUAAUAAUAUUAUAAAAAUAAAUUUUUAAAGUAUCUACUGAAGAUGAUUUUAAAUUUCUAGCAACUUUAGGAAUCAACAUACAUGAAUAAAACGAGAGCAACAACUCUGAGAAUAUAUGACCCCUGCUGAUUCCUCGGCGACAUUACACCAAUACAAAAACCUACGGAUAUACCGGUACUACUACUUCUCUAGUAGUAUUAGUUGCUGGCAUUUCCUAUUUGCUACCUACUCAACGUGUAAUCAUCUUCGUUAGUUAAUUUAUAACAGAAAGGAAUACUCGUCAACCACUGCCAUUGCGACACACAAGAAACCACAGCAGGCAGGAACAUGCAUUCCCUAUCCAUUCAUGCUUUGAUUAUUGAGCUAGAGAUUUUUUAUCUAUCUAUCUUGUAAACCGGCUGUUAGAGUGCCAAUUUGCCGCGCCAUUUUAUAUCGAGAACUGCCAUUUGAAGGGAUUUGGCAUCUCCUACGCUAGGGAAAUUUAGACAUAUUCCACUCCAUAUAGCUUCAAAAUAAUUCCAACGACCGUGUCUCUUAUAUGUGAGCUGCACCUACUAGUUCUAGUUACUACGUCCUUGACUUGCUUGGUUUAAGUUAUUCUAGAUCUCUUAAGGACAUAAUAAUUGCGGCGUGUUUGUAUAUGGCCAUUGACGAAGUCCAACUAUGGCAUGUAACCAUUGCCAAGGACCCUUGUAUAAAGCUACCUAUAGGUGAAGAGGCCUUUGGCAGAGCUUAAUUUCAGACACAUAUGCGAACAACCAACUAGUAAUAACCAAGUAGUAUCCAGAGAAUAAAUCUCAGCGUGACGAUGAAGAUAGUGCUUAAAGUGGCGAUCACCUGCAAGAAGUGCAAGACCUGCGUCCUGGGGAUCACCUCAAAAGUUAAAGGGAUCAAGUCGCUGACAUACGACGAGGAGAAGAGCACGCUGACGGUGGUGGGGGAGGUGGACGUGGUGAAGGUCGUGGCAGAGCUGCGCAAGGCGAAGCACCAGGUGGAGGUGAUGUCGGUGAGCGAUGAGAAGAAGGAGGCCGAGGAAAAGAAGAAGAAGGAGGAGGAAGAGAAGAAGAAGGAGAAGGAGGAAGAGGAGAAGAAGAAGAAACUGUGCGCCCAGAUGCAGCUGUGCCCCAAGCUGUGUCCCAUGCCGUGCCCAUCGCCGUGCCCCAUGCCGUGCCCACCGCCGUGCCCCAAGCCGUGCCCACCGUGCCCCCCGCCGUACCCACCGUACUGCAUCGCCGUCGACGACCACCCCGGCCCCUGCACCAUCGUCUGAGAGUGAAGGUCAACAGGGCCCUCUAUACCAGUUUGCUGCUGAUGCAAAGCCACGCACUCUUCCAGGCCCUUAAAAUUUCAUCUGUAACUCGUGUCAAUCGGUUGAAACGAUUUUAUUUCGAUGCACAUUCUCGUUCUGAAUCUUUUCGUUCUCCUGUGGUCUUCAUCCAGAUAGAUAGGUGCAUGUAUGAUGUAUUGGCAAGUACAUGCAGGUAGUGCAAACAGUAGCUUUGUAACAAGCAUCCAAUUGAAUGCCAAGUUAAGAUA